UGCGCUGCCACCCGGCGUCCUCCCGGAAAUUCUUGACUUUCCCUUCCGGGAACCCUCUCCGGGGCUGGCGGCUGAUCCUCACUUAUUUUACCUAAGUUAAGCGAUGGAACCAUACACUAAAGAAAAAAUAUCAUCGUUGGGUCUUUGGUGUUCAUGUUUGUGUGAAAGAAUCUAGGAUGUUCCAAGAAAAGGUGUCAGCUAAUUGCUUAAAUAUAGUAACAACAUCUACUGAAGAUGGUGCUUUCCAAAAAAAAGGCCAUAGUGCUCGAGUCCUUAGCCCAGAAGAAGCAGAAAAACUGGAAAAAGAUCAGGUUUUGGUGUCUGAGUUCAAACAACUAAAACUGGAGAAAGAGGCACAGAAGAACUGGGAUCUAUUUUACAAAAGAAACAGCACCAAUUUCUUCAAAGACAGACAUUGGACAACCAGAGAGUUUCAAGAGUUAAAGGCGUGUCGUGAGUUUGCAGAUCAAAAACUGACCAUUCUGGAAGCAGGCUGUGGGGUUGGGAACUGCUUGUUUCCACUCUUAGAAGAAGAUCUGAAUAUUUUUGCAUAUGCCUGUGAUUUCUCUCCUAGAGCUGUUGAGUAUGUGAAGAAAAAUGCCUUAUAUAGUACUGAAAGAUGUAAAGUGUUCCAGUGUGAUCUUACCAAAGAUGAUCUUCUAGACAAUAUACCAGCAGAUUCCGUGGAUGUUGUCACGCUUAUAUUUGUGCUUUCUGCCAUUCAUCCUGACAAAAUGCAUCUUGUCCUGAGGAACAUUUACAAGGUGUUAAAACCAGGCAAGUGUGUCCUGUUCCGAGACUAUGGCCUGUACGAUCAUGCAAUGCUCAGGUUUAAAUCUGGCAGCAAACUUGGGGAAAACUUCUAUGUCAGACAAGAUGGGACAAGAUCGUAUUUUUUUACUGAAGAGUUCUUAUUUCAGCUUUUCAAGGCUGAGGGAUAUGAGCAAGUGGUCAAUGAAUAUGUGCAGCGAGAAACUGUGAAUAGGAAAGAAGACUUGCGUGUUCCAAGAGUUUUUCUUCAAAGCAAGUUUCAAAAGCCUUUCAGUGAGACAAGUUCUUGCUGAUUAGCAACAGCAUUGCUUGUUUGAAAUGGAAGCUAGCACAUCAGCUGUGUACUCAUCUUUCUGGUGAACCAAAAAUGACAGCACCCAGUAUCUCUUGUUGGUUUCCUUCUUAGGAUACAAAAUACGAAUGCUAUUUUAAUUCAAUUUAAUAUUUAAUUCAAUUUUAAGACAGUUUAGUGAUGCAGGCAGCCUGUUGAGCAUCUGUAUUCCUGCUUCUAAAAUAAAACCUGUGCAACAUUGUUGGAGGAUGAGGUAAAGCAUAAAAGUAAACUUCCAUUUUUAUUAAAAA